GAUGAAUGUUGUCAAUAUUGUGAAUAACUAUUAUGAGUUCUACGAUUGCGUAGUAUUUUGUUAUAAGUUAACGAUUACAAAUUUAACUGCUGAUAGUUUUGUAAUUCACCCUUGGAAAUAAAAAAAUGCUUCUAUCAAGGAUCGUAAAUGAAUUCACCAGUGUUGUAGUCAGACAAUUACCGCAAAAUAGGAUACUGGCGUCAAUGCUUUGUAAACAGUUUUCAAGUGAUCUUCCAUCCACAGAAAUAGCCAAGCCUGAUAAGUUGUUUAAAAAAAUAGAAGUUGAAGUACGGGGUAAUGACACAGCAGUUUUACAAAGUUAUGGGACGUUUGUCACGACAGCAGCUAACCACUUGGGUAUUAAUGUUGGUCACAACUUUGCUCCAAAAAAAGGAGUUCAUGAACGGUUGACCCUUCUCAAGUCAAAGCAUGUGCACAAAAAGCAUAGGGUUCAGUACGAAACACGAACCUACUACAGAUUUAUGCAUUUUUUGAAACUCACUGGAUCAACGGCUGACACAUUUUUAGAAUACAUUCAGAGGAAUUUACCAGAAGGAGUGGCAAUGAAAGUGACAAAGAUUGAAAUCCAAAGGUUACCCGAGGCCAUAAGCUCGCCUCCCAGCUGAACUUAGUCCAAAUCCACUUGUAAAGAUUAAGUCAGUGCUUCAGAGUCUGGACAACAAUUAUACGCGCGUCGUGUUCCAAGUUUCUUGCAGUGCCCUUUCUAUCCAG